AUGGAGGACUGCAACAACAACAAAGGAGAAGUUCAUGCAAAUUUUACAAAGCUGAAGAACUCUUCAGCAAGAUCAGGUAUCAGUUUGAAAUCUUCCUCCUCUGUAAGGUCGAGUCCACAAAAUUCUCCUUCAUUUCAGCGACCACAUUGUACCUUAACACCGAGAAGAGAAGGCAAGGGUGUUGCACAGUGCUAUGGCAGCAACCGGAUACUGUUAUGGCUGCUUCUGAUAACCCUUUGGGCUUAUCUUGGAUUUUUCGUACAGUCUAGGUGGGCACAUGAUGAAAAAGAGGAGGAAUUUUCAGGCUUUAAAAGCAGACAAAGUGAUGCAGCAAACUCUUACGUUGAACAGAAUCAGCAUCAUGAUUUGAUUGCAAAGAACGUUUCUUUGUCUGUUAACAUCGAACAAGUUGUGAACAAACCAAUAGAUGUGGCUUUGGCCAAGAAAGAAUAUGGUGUUCAAGUUCAAUCUCAGAUUAAAGCUAGCUCAAGGAAAAGAAGAAGGCGACCAAUGCAUGUUUUGAGAGGUAAGAGGAGGAGAAAACAUAAACUUGUGAUGAGUAGUGGUUUGGAGGAGAUGGAGCCAGAGAUUCCCUCAAGGAAUUCUACCUAUGGAUUCCUUGUUGGUCCAUUUGGUUCUUUAGAAGAUAGAAUUCUGCAGUGGAAUCCUCAGGGGAGUUAUGAAACCUGUAACAUAAAAGGGGACUUUGCAGGCCUUGUUUGGUCAAGAAAGUUUGUUUUGAUCUUUCAUGAGCUUUCCAUGACUGGAGCUCCACUUUCAAUGAUGGAGUUGGCAACUGAACUCUUGAGUUGUGAGGCUUCUGUUCAUGCUGUUGUUCUUAGCAAAAAGGGUGGUUUGAUGCAAGAACUUGCUAGGAGACAAAUCAAGGUGCUUGAUGAUAAAGCAUAUCUCAGCUUCAAAACUGCAGCAAAGGCUGAUCUUGUCAUUGCUGGAUCAGCUGUCUGUGCAUCAUGGAUUGAACAAUACAUUGAACAUUUUCCUGCUGGAGCAAGAAAAGUUGCAUGGUGGAUUAUGGAAAACAGACGAGAGUAUUUUGAUCGUGCAAAGGAUAUGUUACACAGAGUGAAAAUAUUGAUCUUUCUGUCUGAAGCACAAUCUAAGCAAUGGAAAAAGUGGUGUGAAGAAGAAAGCAUAAAAUUGAGAUUACAGCCAGCACUUGUUCCAUUGUCUGUCAAUGAUGAACUAGCUUUUGUAGCAGGCAUUCCCUCCACACACAGUACUCAAUCCUUCAGUGCUGCAAAAAUGGAUGAGAGAAGAAAGUUGCUGAGAGAUUCAGUUCGAAGAGAAAUGGGGUUAAGUGAUAAUGACAUGCUUGUUAUGACUCUGAGCAGCAUCAACCGUGGGAAGGGUCAACUAUUUCUUCUUGAAUCAGCAAGAAAAAUUGUAGAAGAUGAACCAUUGCACCAUGAGGAUAAGAAAAUGGCAGUGUCAUCAAAUGAUGGAGAACACCAUGAUAAUAGUAGUGUAGCCUUCAACAACAUCUCAAGCACAUUUAUAAAAAGCAAGGAAGUGUUGUCUCACAACAAUGUAACAACUGCACAAUCUCUGAAAAUUCUCAUUGGUUCUGUGGGAUCUAAGAGCAACAAAGUGGAUUAUGUUAAAGUUCUUUUAAGAUUUUUAGCACAGCAUUCAAACUUGUCAAAGUCAGUUCUCUGGACCUCAGCCACUACACAUGUUGCCUCACUUUACUCUGCUGCAGAUGUUUAUGUCAUAAACUCUCAGGGAUUGGGAGAAACAUUUGGAAGAGUGACUAUAGAAGCAAUGGCAUUUGGUCUUCCGGUGCUUGGAACAGAUGCUGGAGGAACGCAAGAAAUUGUUGAGCAUAAUGUGACAGGUCUGGUUCAUCCUAUUGGUCGCACAGGGAACCAUGUUCUUGCACAGCAUCUCCGGUUUUUACUUAAAAACAGUUCUGCAAGAGAGAAAAUGGGAAUGGAAGGAAGAAAAAAGGUGCAGAGGAUGUUCUUGAAACAGAACAUGUAUGAGAAAUUUGCAGAGGUUCUUGUCAUGUGCAUGAAAACCAAAUAACUGCUUUCAUUCUUUCAUUGGAUUCAAAUCACAUACAUGGUUGUGAUUUCUUGUGUUUAGGAUCAAAGGAUUUUAGCUACCUCAGUACAUAACUAUUGUACAUAAUACAUCUUUGUUGUUCACUUUUUAAUCUUUUGUAGUUGAAGUGUUUGUCAUUUUUUCAUUAAA